CAUGUUGUCCUUAGGUGUUUUACAUCAUUGAAGACCUCGUGUUACACAGAACACCAUACUGGGAUCUUCCAUCAGAAAACACUUUGAGAAGUAGACUUUGGUCUUCACCUUCAGAAAGGCAGAUAUCCAGUUUAGAGAUUACAUCUCCCUCCUUCGUCUGAAAAGAAUAUGAACCAGAAGGCAUUAGUUUUCCUUCUCCCAAAUUUUAUUUUUGGGAUAAUUAUUUUUGGAUUUUUCUCUAUGAGACAAAAAAAUCUAAUGGAUUCUUUUCAUGUUCCCACUGAAGAUUGGCUGGCAAUUCAAAAUGAUCGUAAAAACACACUGGCUUCUGUCUGCCAGAAGAACAACCUUCUUAAACUAAGAAGCAAAUUGGAUUCUCAUGUAGCAAGCCAGCUCUUUGUGGAGCACAAACAUAAACUUACCUACUGUGAGGUGCCCAAGGUAGGCUGCUCCAACUGGAAGAGAAUCAUUUUCAUUCUGCAAGCAGGCUUGGAAUUGGAAGCUUCUGAAAUUGAGCAUGACCACAUCCACCAGACCUCACUGAUCAAAAGGCUGGCUGCUUACCCUCCCCCUGUACAAGACGAAUUUCUGAACAAUUACACCAAAGUGAUGUUCACCAGACAUCCCUUGGAACGGCUGGUUUCAGCUUACAGAGACAAGCUUCUGCACUCUGAGCCAUACUAUAGUACCACUGUUGCUAAUGAGAUUAGGGCAAUGUUCAGGAAAAACAAAAAUUCUUCCGAAAAAGUGAGUUUCCAGGAGUUUGUCAGCUUCAUUAUAGCAAAACCAAUGAAUACUCUUGACAUUCACUGGAAACCAAUGUUUCUUCUCUGUGAUCCUUGCAACGUUCACUAUGAUAUUCUGGGCAAGUAUGAAACUCUUGGGUUGGAUUCUGAGCAUGUUCUGAAGGCAAUUGGUGCACCAGAGAGCCUACAGUACCCCAGCCUGAAGAGGUAUGGCUCAGAGAAACGAACUAAUGGUGAUAUCACCUUGGAAUACCUCAGACAGUUGAGCUCAGAACAAAUUGAGAAGAUCAAAAAAUUGUAUGAAAUGGAUUUUCUCUUGUUUAACUAUACUAUGAAAUAUGAGGAUUAUUUUUCGCUGAAAAGCUAAUAUAGGUUAAACAAAGAACAUUUUCAUUUGUACAAGAUGGGCUGAGCUUGUACUCAUGGGUACUUGAUAGAUAGGUUUACUGCUGCCAAGAUUUUACUAGCAUUUGAAAACAUGGUUUUAUUCGUGCUAAGCACUCUUGUAACAAAUCCCUGCCAUGAUCCAUAGUACUGUGAUUCACCUAUAUGAAGAGAUUUUCUUUCUGUUGAGCAUUAUUGGGAUAUGUUUGCUUCAUGAGACUGUUUAUAAAUGAUAGACUUUGGUCUGUUGGUAAGAGAAAGGAGAAGAAUGAAGAAAGUUAUUUUUCACAAUGAGAAAUUUACAUCAUUUUUAUAUACAUGAUUUAAAAUUUUUAUUAGAAAAAGACAUAUAAAGCUAUAUAUAAUCUGAUUUAUCAUCAAACCACUCUUUGUCUAUAAAAGCCUCAAACAUGAAUCCUGUAGGAAAGAAGCAAAUAACUUCAAAUGUUUGGAGCUGCAUUACACAGAACUUAAUGCCCUGAUCACAUUCCUCUCUGGCAGUUCUCUCAUCACAGCUCACCAGCCUCUUCCCUCAAGCAACCAUAGUUAGCAGCAGUGCAGCCAGGGUUUCCCUUAGGUCUCUCCCAAAUUUUCUGAUUCUUUUUACCACCUUAGUAAGCAUUGUGGUCUGAUCAAAAAGGGAAGUUCUCAAAAAAUACCUUUCUUAGAGAAGUAAUUAGAGGUAUCUUCUAGACUGUACAAUGGGUAUGGUGCAGGUUCUAAAAUCAUAUUGGAAAUGUGUCUCUUACCUGUUCUCCAAAAGCACUUACAGCUGACUGACUGGCUUGGGCUUUUCCCAUUUGUGCCUGCUAAUGGCCAGGAGCCUUGGGGACUUACCUGAGUGUGGUACUUAGGUGGAAGUGAGUAACUAAUAAAUAAAUCUGUUCUACCUGUUGUUUUCUCACCUCACAGGAGGAUGAAUGCAAAUUAAUUGCAAAAUUAUGGUGAGGAGAACAAUGAAGCAUGUGGGAGAAGCCAUUCAAACCAUAAUCCCUCUCUUCUAUUCUUAGGUGGCUUUGUUUUAGAUCCUAGAGGAGUCUAUAAUUGCUACAAUGUUAAGUAGUUUUGCCCCCCUUUUUAAAAAAUAAUAUAUUGCCUGGUGCCAUUGAAAAGUAUUUACUACCAUUUUAAUUGUAGCAGUUUUUAGAAAUUAUCUAUUAGUAUUAACACCACCUUUAGGGGAUGUCAGUCUCUCAGGAGCUAACUUGCUGUUUCUCAAAUCCCACUGUCAAAUGCAGCCAACUCCUAUCAGCUGAACUUGCAAAGGACAACGGCUGGCAGGCUAGUCCUGGAUCCAGAGUUGGCUCACAGCUACUCAUUACAUACGAAAGGGGUGAGGACAAAAAUAAUUUAAUUGUACUGCAGCCAACUACCUGUAUAGCCAUUCCUGCCAGCAGCAUGGUCAAAGAACAGGGAAAAAGAGAUUGGGGAAAUUGGAUGAAAUGGAAUUUGAGUCAGAGGAUUGCAGGGAAAGCUCCCUGUGUACCUAGUAGGAUUUAGGGAUGAUCUACCCCAGAGGGAAGAAGUGAUACAUCACCAUCAGCUGGAAAGAGUGAGACCAUGGUGACAGCUGGAGCUGGAAGAAGCUGCGUGCUUCCCUCCUCGAUGGCAAAUGGUACAGGAAGCCAGGUUUACCUUUCAGUACAUCUGGGAACUCUUGUGUAGAUGAGUAUUCCAUAAAUGAGACAGGAAGGGAUCCAAAGUGAAAAGACCAAGCAAACACAGAAAAUUAUUAUUAUUUUUUUAUUAUUUUUUUAAAUAGCUUGUGAUUUUCUUCAGAGUGACUCAUAAUUCUGGAUCACUGUAUUUGGUGUCCCCACAGUUCUUCUAUCCACCAACACUGGAUUGCUCAUGCCUCCCUGGAAACCCUGUGCUCCACAUGGAUUUUUUUUAAAAAACUUGAGCUGAGGCAAAGGAAGCUGGAAAUGAUUCCCAUCAAAAUGAAGACUAUGCAGAGGAAUGUUGUCUCUAACUCUUUCCUGAAUUAGAAUCGGUGCCAUCUGCAGCUAUGUGCUUCUUCAAUCUUUUGCCAGAUCAUACAGAGGAAGAAGAGGGAGAAUAAGAUUUGCUUGAUAACUUGCUUCUGUAUAAUAGAUCCCUCUGGAGCUGUAAGCUUCAACAAAGGUUCUUUAAUUUUCUGGCACCAUCAGCCAGACUAGGAAAGGUCUGAAGAAGUGAUACUGACCAAGUUUGACAUGUUUCUUUACUUGUCAGUACUCUGGCAUUAACAUUCCCCACCAGUUUUUUGCUGUUGUGUGAGUGGCUUUCUAUUCUUAUUUUCUUUUUCACACAGGAUCACAUAUUCUUCCUGCAGUGGUGACAGAAAAUUGAUGGGUAAUUCAUUCAUCACAAACACUGAUAUUCUGUCAUUAACAGAAGGCCAUCUGUUGAUACAGGAAAAACCUCUGUAGUUAUUCAUGGCAGACUUUCAGACUUCGCAUUUACUUAUACUGUACACAGCACACUUCCAUGAACCCCUGGCUGUUGUAAUGCUGUUUAGCUGGUGUGAUUCUCAACAGCAAAGGAAAAAAAUGUGAAGGACAUACGCAUGCAACAUCAGAUGUUUUAGAGAUAGUAGCAUACAAGAAGUAUAGAUUGUGUAUUACCAAUGCUAACAAAAUUGGAAUACUAGUUUAUCUAUUGAAAAAUAGAGAAAAAAGCUUGGUUAUCACCUUAUAAAGACUCUUAUAACAUUCCCCUGCAAGCAUCUUUUCAUGUUCAAACCAGUUCUGUGAGCUUGAUAAUCCACAACAUCCUCCCACCCUAAGAGCUGCAGUGCAGAAUACAAAAGAGCUCUGCAAUGUUCCAGAAUUAACAAAAACUGUGGUGACUUGUUAUAUGCUAUCAGUGGAGACUAUGCCACCUUGUCUAGUCCCCAAAUGAACCACAGAGCUCGUUUCACUAAACAGCUUUGUAAGUCCGCCAAUGAAAGAACUUACCAUUAUUUCACCCUUAAUAUUGCAGCAUGAUAAAAGCUGACAAAGGCUUUGGACCUUAUGCUAAAAUUAGCCUGCAAGAACUACAAGACACUUCUAAACUUUGUGGUGGAAGUGAGAAGACAAUUACCUCCUGAUAACCUGGGAGAGACAUUUUCUGUAUUCUCCUCCCUACAAGUACAUUAUCCAGAAUAGAGGCUCUGAGCUGAGCUGGCCUCCCUCCUGGAGAAGAACCUUUGGGAAGCUUCUUUCAUUUGGGGGCUAACACUGGGUGAUAUUUUCCUGCAGGAAGGUGGGUGUUCGCAGCUGGGAGCAGGGAUGGGGGUGGCAUGGCAAAGAGAGGGGCUCAGGCCCCAGGGUGGACUAGAAAGGGUGGGGGAUGUCAUAAUUUGUCUUCUGAUUUAUUAUUAUAUUUGUCAAUAUUAUAAGCAUUGCUAUGUUUUAUUUCUAAUUGCUAUAAUAAACUGUAGUGAGUUAACA